AUAUAAAGAAGCACUCUUUGCUCAUCUACUUCAUCGGACACUUACACAUUCACAUACCAACUGAAGAGUUCAAAAAAAUCAAAGACAGAAAAAUCUAGUAGAUAAGAGAAGAUAAGAGAAAUCAUAAUCACGAUGAGUUCAUCAAGUGCAAGCAAGGCUAUUGUGGCAGCAAGUGUUGGAGUUGUGGAGGCACUGAAGGACCAAGGGAUCUGCAGAUGGAACUCUGCUUUAAGAUCUGUGCACCAACAAGCCAAAACCCAACUCAGGUCAUUUUCUCAUGCCAACAACAAGCUCUCAUCUUCUUCUGCCUCAGCUGCUUUGGGUAAAGUCAGAGAUGAAAAGCUGAAGAAAUCAGAGGAGUCUUUGAGGACAGUCAUGUACUUGAGCUGCUGGGGUCCCAACUAAUUCAAUCAACACAAAAACAAGAGCAAAAAUAUGACAUUUUUGUGCAAGCGGUUGCUGAAAUGGAGCUUGAGCUUGAACAAGGGAUGAAACAAGAUGACAACCCAUGAAGAGCUCCACCAAAUGAGGACAUAGUUAGAUAUUGGCAAUCGUUUUGUGCUUGUAAAUGGCAGACAAUUCACGUCUGCUUGGGGCAAAUUGAUGUAAAUUAUGUCAUAUUAAGACAAUUACCAUAUAAAACAUGUAUGUUUCUGAGAAUUGCUGCCUCGAUCAUUAUUUUGGUCUCUGUUUUUUUGUGUAUAUAUUUUGCCCAUUGUUUAUUUUGUCAUGAGUAGAAGAUUUAUCAACCCUA